UAUAGUAUAGACAAUAAUACAAUGCUUCAUGUAAUGUUGGAUGUUUUUAAAGAUGAAGAUGAAAAUUUCCUUAAGAUGUUGAGUUGUCGUCAAGGUCAAACAGAAGGUGAUGUCAUCAUUGUGUUUGUGUUGAUUACAGACAAGCAUGUUUAUUUAUUAGAUUAUAAAACCGCUACCAAAAAAUUCAUUAUUCAGUCAUUUAUUGCUUAUCAAGAUAUAGAUUUUAUUGUGCACAGCAUAAAUUAUCAGUUCGUUAACAUUGUAUGUAGAAAUAAACGUAACCAGUUUUGGUUAACAACAGGUGAUGAAGUAUUAUCUAGAUUGAUAGUAGACACUAUGUGUGAAGCAGUUGAUGCUAGUGAACUAAAGAUAAGGAAAUUAGCUGUAUUUGAUGAUGCUACAACCCAGAAAAUAUGUCUUAAAAAAUAUAUAACACAGGAAUGUCAUUGUGAGGAAUCAGAAGCUACGCAAGAAAUAUACUCACUGGUAUAUUGGGAAGAUCCUCAUUCAAGGCAAGUGAAGACAGAAAGUUCAUCAAAAGAAGGAAAGUUACUACAGAAAGUUAAAGAUCCUUAUAAAGGACCUGUAUGGAAACCUGUUUAUGUUGUUUUAAGAGAUGGAAUUUUGUGCAUAUUUAAAAGUAAGUCUGACAGUAAACCUGAAGGAUAUUUAAGAAUGGGAGGUGACCAAUGUGUCGGAUGUCGUAGAUCUCAAUCUAGUGAGAAACAUCACAGUAUGGAGAUUGUUGUAUCUAAAGGUGAUAGCUUGUUAUUAGCUGCUAGUGACAAUGCUGAAAUGUGUGAUUGGUUGAUGUGUAUGUGUCGAGCUGUCUCAGAAGGAAUGCAGGAUGAUGGUACACCAUUCAGUUGUUUACCAUGCUGUACAGUAGUCACUAGUAAUAAAGUAUUGAUGUGUCAUGAAGAUGUGCAAACUAGUUUCUUCCGAACCUUAGGCAGUGCCAAUAUAGAAGAUGUUACAGGAAUAAUAUUAGAUCCUGAAGAUACAACCUAUUGUUUAUUAGAAUUUGAUUCACAAGAUACAUCAAUAUCCAGUGAAGAAUGGGUGUUAUACUUUAAUUCAUCUAAAGAAAAAGAGAAAUUCUCCACAGCUUUAUCAGCAUGUUGGAAGAAACAGUUUCAAGUUGAAUUACCUUUGAAUAGUUUUUAUAAUAUAACAUUACAGAAACGAUGUCAAGAAACAUCUAAAAUAUUACAUAAUUCUCUUAAAUUAUAA